GCAAAUAUACUUAAUGAAUGUUCUAAGUCUGAUAUUAUUGAAGCUUCAUCUACUAGAGUUUUUAAUCUUAUUAAAAAGUCUGAAUUAACUCAUGGUUCUGAAACAAAUACAUGUGGUAAAUAUGGUGGCAAGGGUCAUAAUUACUGA